UCGGCCUGGGUUCGGUCUCGCAGAAGCGACACAGCGCGAGGAGAGGAGAGCAGGAGGUUCCGAAUUCAGAUCCGGAAUGGCGGCGGUCUCGAGCCCGGUGCCGGUGUCCUGGUACCCCGCGCUGGCCGUCCUCACGGUCGCCGUCGGCCUCAUGCUCACCGCCUCCUUCUUCAUUUAUGAAGCGACCUCAUCCACGCGCAGCCGAAGCUUAGCCAAGGAGAUCACCACCGCAGCUGUCGCUUCCGUUUUUCUGGGUUUUGGAUCUCUCUUCGUUCUCCUCGCAAGUGGUGUUUAUGUCUGACGAGUGACUAUAGCCUAUACCUACAUGGAUGUGCGAGAUUUUCUCCAUGAAAAGGACAUCGAGGAUUCAAAAUUCUGUGUUUAGGGGUUGUCUUGUGUGUAGAAGUUUAUGUGUCAGUUAAUCCUCAUUUCACAUGUGACAUGACAGUAUUACAGUACAGAUAGAUCGAGGCACCGUUAGUUACUGAAUUACUACUAUGGCCAGCCUAAUAAAUUUGCCAGUGUCGUGUA